UUUAUUAGUAAAUAGAUGGAUAUCUCAAGGAAAUCUCUUAAAAUAAAUUAGAAGAUAAAAUUCAAACUUAUAAUUCUUACUUUAAAUAAAUAUAAGUAGUAUAAAGUGUAGUGCUAAACCAAAUUGUUUUUAAUUAGUUUGUGGUGCUUCAAAGGUGAACUUUAGACGUAUUGUCUCCUUGAAUUAAUGUGAAAAUUUUAAUCAUCAGUUCAAUCACCCUGCUACAAGUGCGAUCAAAAAAAUUAAAAUUAAAAAUAUAUCGACUGGAUAGUGCUUCAUUUAAGUAUUCGACAUGUGUAUCUUGUUUGUUCAUACAAAUCCUGAGCCGGAGGAUAAUGAAUAUAGACUUAUAGUGGCCACAAAUAGAGAUGAGUACUACAAAAGGCCUGCAAAACCUGCAUUUAGAUGUCCAGAUACUGAUAUUAUUGCUGGUAGGGAUAUGGAACCUGGUCGAGAAGGUGGUACUUGGCUAGGUUUUAAAAGUAAAAUACACCAUGAAAAUGGGAAACCAACUAAGCACUGUUUUUCAUGUUUAACUAAUAUUUCCAAUGGUCCAAAAAUCGAAAAUGCAACUGGUAGAGGAAUGUUAGUAAUUGAUUACUUAGAUGGAAACCUAGAUUAUCCAGAAUAUACCAAAAAUCUAAGAAAUAACGGUUUGGAGUACAACGGUUAUAACUUAAUAGGCGUAGAAUUAAGUAAAGAUGGUAAAACAGAAAUCUACCAUCAUAGUAAUUAUCCUCAAAUCGAUUCCGUUUAUGUUGGUAAACAUACGUUAGGAUUUGGCAACAGCGCUGUCUCAAGCCCAUACAUGAAAGUCUUACAGGGAAGGGAAAAUUUUCAAGAUAUAAUUGAAAAAAGACUUGAAAAAGAACAGCUCGUAGAGGCUCUUGUAGAAUUGUUGAAGGAUAAAACCAAAUAUUUACCUGAUAAGGAAUUGGAGAGAAGAGCACCCAAAGCUUUAGAUGUAUUAUCUUCAAUAUAUGUCGAUUUUUCUAGAGGUGGAUAUGGGACCAGAACGCAUACCAUUAUAUUGAUCGACAAAGACUGGAAUUUAGAAUUUAAAGAACUCACUUUGGAGGAACCUAUCGAUACGAAAAAUUUAAAAUGGCUUACUACGACUAUAAAGAGUUCAUUAUGAAAGUAUUAAAAUGUUAUAUAUCGAUUUUUUUCAGGGUUUAAACAUAUUCAAAUAUUCAAUUAAUUGAGUUAUUUCAAGUUAUUCGGUUCAUAUUUUAAAUUUCAAUUUGUUUUGAUCUUUGAACAAAGAGAUUAAGGAAGGAGCAUAUGAAAAAACUUAGGUCGAGCGCGAUGGGGACCAAAAAUGGCCGACUUAAAUGCCGGUUUAUCAGUGUCGUUCUAAUUUUAUUCAAAACGUGUAAAAAUAUGAUGUAGGGUAGAUUCAAUAAUUUGUUGUUUUAUUUGACGUUGGCAAUAAAUGUUAGUAGUUUUAAAUUUUUAUAAAAAUAUUAAAUUCUAAUAAAAAUAGAUAAGUUAUAA